AUGGGUUCUUUUCAGACACCCAUGGCCACUCGAACCGCGAAGAUGCUCGAGACGUCUUGUGUUGGCGAAGAUGAGUUCGAAAGAGAAAAAGUUUUGGUAGAUUUGGAGCACGAGUGUCUUCAGAUAUAUCGAAGAAAAGUUGAUGAUGCGAAUAUGUCGAGGGCACGUUUGCAUCAGGAGUUGGCAGAUUCCGAAGCUCAAUUUACUCAUUUAAUUUUGUCACUCGAUGAUCGUUCGCUUCCUGGAAGGCCGGAGAAAUUGGCGGGGACGUUAAAAGAGCAACUAGGGGCGAUUGCUCCGGCUCUACGGAAAAUGCAAACGAGAAAGGCAGAGAGAAUGAAGCAGUUUCGAGCGGUACAAUUGCAGAUUCAUAAAAUAUCUGCCGAAAUUGCUGGUCAAUCUGAAUACGAUGAUUCAUUACCCGAAGCCGUAGUAAAUGAAAACGAUCUUUCGUUGAAGAAACUUGAAGAAUAUCAAAUGAAACUUCAAGGACUUGAGGCUGACAAGAGUGACAGGCUUGAAAGGGUGAAAAACUACAUAAUCGCGAUUCAGAACUUGUCGGCUAUGUUAGGAAUGGAUUCAUCGAUGAUCAUAACGAAGGUGCACCCGAGCUUGAACGAGUUAUCGGGUCUCUCCAAGAACAUGAGUGACCGUAUUUUGGCUAAACUUAAUGCCACCGUAGAAUCCCUCGAAGCCGAAAAGCGUUCGCGGAUCGAAAAGCUUCACAAUCUUGGGAAUUCUUUGAAAAACUUAUGGGAUCUAAUGGACACACCCUACAUCGAUCGCCAAUUGUUUUCACACAUCUUGGGUUCGAUCACGUCGACUAAUAUCUCCGCUCCCGGAAGUCUGUCCAUCACGAUGAUCGAGCAGGCGGAGGCGGAAGUCGAAAGAUUAGAUCAAUUAAAAGCAAGCAAAAUGAAAGAACUUCUCGUAAAGAAGCAGACCGAGCUCGAGGAGAUUUGUAGGCGAUCGCAUAUGGAAGUCCCUUCGCUAUCAAAGACCGACCAUAUCGUUAACUUGAUAAACCGUGGUGAGAUGGACUAUGCCGAUCUCCUAAAGAGCAUGGAUGAGCAAAUAACAAGAGCCGAAGACGAAGCUUCGAGUCGGAAAAUGAUUAUGGAGAAAGUUGAAAAAUGGGUCUUGGCACGAGACGAGGAACGAUGGCUAGAAGAAUACACCAUGGACGAUAAAAGGUAUACAGUCAGUAGAGGUGCUCACAAAAAUCUAAAACGAGCCGAACGUGCCCGUGCCAUGGUCAACAAAAUAUCAGCUUUGGUGGAGUCGUUGAUACUGAAGACGAAAAGUUGGGAAGAAGAAAGAAAGAAGGUGUUUUUAUACGAUGACGUACCUUUACUGGCGUUGAUGGAGGAGUACAAUAUGUCGAGAAUUGAAAAAGAAGAAGAGAAACAACAACGUCAAAGGGAAAAGAAGAUAACACAUAGUCAAGUGGUGGUUUUGCACGAGAGUGUGAUGCUGACGAGGCCAACCACCGGCUCUCGUCGUCAGUUGGACCGAAGCGUCGAUGGAGGGUUCAAAAUUAGGGGCUCUACAGGCGUACAACUAGUAACGAAUAAUGUCAGAUCGUCAUAUCAAAACGCACUCAAGGGAUCUCAAGGACCGAAGAUAUUUGCACGUGCUCGUAUUGAUCGACAUCUUAGAGAAGAUCAAGCUUCUGGUGGCUCACCGUUUUCUCUUAACUAGACGCAAUGGCUCGUAUUAAUUGCAUCAA